GAUCGCGUCCCUACUCUCCUUCCCUAUUCUCCUCCCCGCUUUCCUCGCCCAGGCCAUGGAGAGAACGGCCACUUUCCGACGAUUUCCGGCAGCUACAUCUUCAGUUUCAGUCACCCUCCUUCUCGCCUUCACGCCUUUCCUUCAUAGCUCAGCUACCUGUCCACCUUUCUGCGCAAGUGUCUUUCUUUGUCCUGAUAAGCCCUAAUUCACUGCCUCCACUCUGGCCUUCUUCCCAUAUUCCCAGCUGAAUUGUACGAGAGGUGUUUCCCUUGACGUAUAGUAUUGACCUGUGUUAUCAAUAUAUUCGCUGAUUGGACAAUGGACAGGAACAACAGAGAUUUGUUCACGAAACGGUCAGGUUCAUUUAAAAAGAAAGGGUUGAACCACAAGAAAGUAAGGAAUGUUAAUCAUGAACGAUCUUCGGGGACUGUUGAAUCCGCUGACACGGUGUAUCGCAUACUAUGCCCUUCAAAUAAAAUUGGCAGUGUUAUUGGCAAAGCUGGUGGCGUUAUAAAAGCCCUGAGAGAUGAGACCCAUGCAAAGAUUACUGUUUCAGAUGCAGUUCCUGGAUCUGAUGAAAGAGUAAUUAUAAUUUACAGCUCUCCUACUACAAUUUUAAAGAAGCAAAAUGGCGAUGAAGAAGGUUCUGGUGCCGAGAAUGAAGAGCGAGACAUGGAGCCAUAUUGUGCUGCUCAAGAUGCUCUAUUGAAAGUGCACGAUAGGAUACUUGAGGAAGAUCUUUUUGGUGGAAUGACUUUUGACGAUGAUAACGACAGCAGUGAUGUCACUAUACGGCUUCUAGUUCCAAGUAAUAUGGUGGGGUGUCUUCUAGGCAGAAAAGGAGACGUGAUUCAAACACUGCGAAAAGAAACUGGUGCAGGCAUUCGUGUUCUCCCUUCACAACACCUUCCUACUUGUGCUAUGAGCACUGACGAGUUGGUCCAGAUAACAGGUAAACCUGAUGUUGCAAAGAGGGCUCUUUAUGAAGUUUCUAUGCGACUCCACCAGAAUCCCCGCAAAGACCAACAACUGUUGAACCGUUCAAUGUUGCGCACUGGGCAUGGGUUGCAUCAUCCAGGAGGCCCUAUGCCAAAUGUUCCUCCUCUUGGAAGCCCCAUGUGGACUGGCCGAAACUCAGAUCCUUAUGGCAUGCGACCAACACCAUGGAUGGGUGAACACGGGCAACGGCCUUCUGGCUUUGUCAAGGGGGGUUAUGAUGAUGUUCCACCUGGACCAGUAGGGGAACCUUCUGAGUUUUCCUUGAAGAUUUUGUGUUCUGGCGAAAAGAUUCGAGGAGUAAUAGGCAGGGGAGGCUGCAAUGUGAAACAGUUAGAGCAGGAGACUGGAGCCAGUAUUCAUGUCGAAGAUGCAUCAAAUGAGGAUGAUGAACGCGUAAUUCUUGUUUCUGCUGUUGAGACUAUUUGGAACCCUAGAUCACAAACCAUUGAUGCGAUUCUUCAGCUUCAGAAUAAAACAAGUGAAUUUUCUGAGGGAGGCACCAUUACUACGAAACUUCUUGUUCCGUCUAGUAAGGUCGGUUGCAUCCUUGGACAAGGAGGUCAUGUCAUUAAUGAGAUGAGGAGACGAACUCGGGCAGAUAUCCGGGUCAUUUCCAAGGAUGAUAAACCCAGUUGUGCAUACGGUGACGAGGAGCUUGUGCAGGUCUCUGGAAAUUUGGCUGUUGCUAGAGAUGCUCUCGCAGAGAUUUUGUCAAGGCUUAGAGUUAGGACACUUAGGGACUCAAAUGCUGGAAACGGGCCUCCUCCUCUUGGACCUCCUCUGAGAUUAGCAUCGGGAGGAAGCUUUCCUGCUGGAAGAUCAUUGUCAUCAGGAGCUAUAGCAGCAGGGAGCUCUGGAGGUUAUGAACCUUAUAAGGGUGGUGAGCAUGACUAUGAACCACGUGGUUACCCAGGCCCAAGAGCUGCGGCAGGGUUCCUUCCCUCUUCUAAUCCCGGUAUGAAGGGUGGUGGUGGACAUGAAUACGAGCCACACAUUUACCCGGGACCCCGAGCAGCUUCUGGAUACCCUGAUGUCAGCAGCAAUGUGGAGUUAAGAGUUCUGAACAGUUCUAUGGGUUCUGCUACGGGAGUGGAUGGGAGAAAAAUUUCAAACAUAAGUGAGAUUGCUGGAGGAAGGAUGAAGCAUCAAGAUCCUCAACUUAGUGGAUCCGAAUCUUAUUUCGACAGUCACAGGUCUGUCGUGCAAAGCAUGUAUGAGCCAUACAUGAUUUCAGCUGCAGCCGGCACUAACUCUCGACAAUUUCCUUCUUACCAUCCCACAAAUGCUCCACACGGCUCUUAUCAGAACAUAAGGGAGCAACAAGAUUCAUAUUCUAUUCCAAACACUCAGCAAAGUCCAUAUUCUCGGCAAGGUGCGUAUCCUAAAGUCAAUGCGGCGUACCAGGAUAUUGCUGAGCAGCGCGGCUCCUACAAAUACUGACAGGGAUUGUGGCACAAUUGUAUUAUACAUAUAGUGUAUGCACCGGUACCGGCUGUUGAAAUGGGUUCUGGCCGGGUUUAUGAGGGAGAAGUUGAGGGGAUAAAGAGAAGCUAGGUACUUGAUGUCACCUAAUGUAGCAUUACAACCCUUUUAAGCGUGAUGGUUCGUAGAGCAAAAUCAACCGCAAUGAUGGGUUGGGAAUGAAAUAUAUAGAUCUCCUCGAGUGAGUCUAGAGCGGUUUCUUUCUUUGAUUGGAUAUUUUAUAAGCUUCUUGUAUUUUUAAGUUAAAUUAAUGAAUAAAUCAUUCAAUUUUAUU